AAGAGACUCUCCUUCAUAAUUACCAUAUUUUAUUUUUUAUUCCUUUUCCGCUAAUUUUAAAAAUUUGGAUCAAUGGCAUUUAGGAAUUGUACAUACAACGAAAUUAUGUAUUUGAUUGGCUAAAUCUGACCAAGUUUAAAUCUGUGCAAGUCAUACUCGAAUGUCAGUCUAAUGAUUGUCUAAUGACCCAAGUAAUUUGACGCACGUGUGUCAUGAAGUGCGUUGGAUAUAUUGUUAUUUAUUCACUCACGCACUCCUUGCCUCGACGAUUCUUGUAGAACCUUGGCCUCCUCAUUGUUAUUUAUAGAUUACAGAAACAUGACUACGUCUGUCAUUAAAUAUCAUAACUGGAAACAACCCUGAGAUGAUGUUGAAACAAUACAUAUUUAAGGUUAUGUAAUUUUGGCAUAUCGGAUAUCAGCGUUGAAUGUAAAUCGCUAAACGUUACGAGAGAAUUUAACGUUUCAUAUUCGACAUGCACAGGUAAUUUUUCACGCAAUCUCUGGUAAUAUACAAAAUUGCAGGUACUUAAGAUUAUGGAGUUUUAGGUAUAUGCUUCUUCUGGAACAGUUGGCACUGCCAUGGAAGUAUGAAACUUUCAAGCGGAGCUUGUGGCGAACAUAUAAAACAGGAGCAAGCAGUAAAACAAAAGAGUACGAAGGACGUAAAUUAGUAGGAUUUUCAAUGGAGAAAAUGUACUAUGUGGUUACCGACGUUGAGUGUUACAAGGAUUUUUUACCCUUCUGUAAAAAAUCUGAAAUUUUUUUCAAAUCCGACAACUUCCUGAGAGCCAAUUUAGUGAUAGGAUUUCCACCCAUAAACGAAAGUUAUACCUCAAAAGUGACCAUGGUGUACCCAAGAGUAGUCAAGGCAGAGUGCAGGGAUGGCCGAUUAUUUGACCAUUUAGAUACACUGUGGCUUUUCAGUUCCGGACUGAAAAACAAUUCGGAAACAUGUGUGAUUGACUUCUCUUUGUCUUUCGAAUUCAAAUCUGCUAUUUAUUCUCAUCUAUCGAAUUUAUUUUUUAAUGAAAUUGUAAGGCAGAUGGAAAAUGCCUUCCUGGAGGAGGCUAAAAGAAGAUAUGGUCAACCAUGUAUAAAGACGGUGCGAUUACAAAGAUAGCCAAAGACUUAGAUCAUCAAAUAUAGAUAUUUUUUUAUAAAUCAAUAAAUAUUUAUAUUUAUUCUAU